GAUUUGGAAUCUUUUGGAAACUCAUGAAAAUUAAAUCUGCCUGUGGAACUGCAUCUCCAGUAGAAGAAUCUAAUAAAGGAUUGAUCAUGCUUUCUCCAAAUGUCUUGAGGGAUUUGACUGAUUGCUCCAAGCUUGGAAAUAGAUCCUGUCCUGAGAGCUUUAGGACACCAGGAGUACGAGAGGUAGUAGUAUAUCUCUUCAUAAGAGCAGCCUUCAUUCUCACCAUCGUAGGGAAUCCGGCCAUAAGCAUUUCCAUUUCAUAUUAGCUUCAUUCUCCAAACAAUUUCCUCAUCCUAUCCAUGGCUGUCAUGGAUUUCCUUCUGGGCUUUUCCAUUAUGCCCUACAGCAUGGUGAGGUCUGUGGAGAACUGCUGGUAUCUUGGGAUGACAUUUUGCAAAGUUCAUUACAGUUUUGACCUGAUGCUCUGCUUAGUUUCCAUUUUCCAUCUUUGUUCCGUUGCCAUGGAUCGGUCUUAUGCAAUCUGCUGCCCUCUGCAUUAUGCCAGCGUCAUGACUGUUGCAGCCAUAGAACAAAUCAUAGCUGUGUGCUGGUCACUGCCAGCUGCUUUUGCUUUUGGUGUGGUUUUCUUGGAAGCUUAUGCUUCUGGAACUGAGGGCUAUGAAUUGUUGUAAUGCUCGAGUUUUUGCCCUGUUGUGUUCAACAAACUGUGGAGGGCUGUUUUACCUACAGUUGGUUUAUCUGCUCCUGCCUACAUUGUGAUAGGGAUUUAUGUUAAAAUUUUUUCAGUCUCACAAAGGCAUAUACAUGAGUUGAGCCAGGUACACAGGCACACAAAAAAUGAUAGGAAAAAUGAGCUUUCUAAGAAUAAAGAUAGGAAAGCUGCCAAGACUUUGAGUAUAGUUAUGCUCAGUUUCUUAUGCUGGUUUCCUUGUGUUUUCACAAUCUUAAUUGAUCCAUUUUUAAAUUUCUCUAAUUGCGCACCUAAGAGCUUCUGCAAUGCCACCUUCUGGCUGGAUUAUUUCAGUUCUGCCUGCAGCCCUAUCAUUUAUGGUUUGUUUUAUCAUUGUUUCAAAAAACCUUUGAAAAUGGUCAUUGCAGGUGCAAUAUUCAGACUCUGCUAUUUUCUGUACUCUACUGCCUUCCUGUAA